AUGAUUCUCUUGAGAAACGUAUGUGUUCUAGCUCCCCCACUUACUGGCUGGGACUCCCUUUCUGCGGCCACAGACUUCAGCCAUGAAGCAGACAUUGCGCGAAUCAAAUACCUCAGAAAUACAGUGUACGCUCACGCUGAACACGCUUCUGUUGAUGAUGCAACAUUCGACAAACAUUGGAAAGACAUCCGGGACACUCUGGUGCGAUUAGGAGGAGUUACGUACGAGGUAAAAGAUUUUUAGAAAAUGUUCGGUAUGAUUUUACAUUCCUGCAUUUAGUGCCCUGUAAUUGUUUUGGUGUUGAAUCCACCUACAAACCAGGGAAUGAUUAUGUGAUAUCUUCUACUCGCAGGCCGCUAUUGACAACCUGCAAUUUUGCUGUAUGGAUCCCGAUAUGGAGCUCCAUUAUAAAGAACUCCUUCAUCAGUGGAAAAAUGAUGAAGAUAACAUAAAAGAUGAAUUGAAAGAAAUAGGCGCUAACGUAAAAGAAAUUAGCACAGGCAUAAAAGAAGCCGUAAAAGAAAUUAGCUCUGACGUAAAGGACCUCGCAAAGAAGCUUGGUGACUUAGUGGUGCCAAAUACGAUUCCUGCCAGGGAGGCGAAUGCUGAAGGUAAAUACAAAGAGACCUAAUACAACUAUUAAACGAACACCAAGGCCUGAAAGUUAGCGUGCAAGACAUCAGCAACUCUCGCCAUUUAAAAUUAGUUUGAAACAAGAAACAAAGUUGACUUUGGGCAAAACACCCUCUUGACGGGAGCGUGAGCACGCCAUACCGGUGCUCAAAGCCAAUGCAAGGGUAUAAAAUAUUGUCCUUUCAAACUUCUCCUCACUGUGCCAGAAAGAAAAGGAAAAAAAACAAGAGACUGAAAAACAGUCCUGUACUAGUAUAUAGGCCUGCCAUACACCAAGCCUUUAGGUUAGUUUAAAAGCGGGAGAAAGACGCAAGCAUAAAAACCGGUGUGCAAGUGUGGGGGCGAUGUAGACAUAAGUAUUUUGUGAUUAUCAACUGCGUCGUUCGGACACGAAGCAGGCAGCGUAAAAAACAUAGCACUCGUCACGGAAUCUUGCUCUUCGGCGAUCUAACGUUGGCGCCAUCAUUCUACAUUGAUACCUCUGCGCCUGCCUGUCUCAUCUUAUGGUAAUUCUUUAAUUUUUGUCGGGACCAAAACCGUGUGUAAACCCUUUAAACCCCUUAACAGUGAAAAUAUGCCAUGAUAUAACCUCGCGAAACGCAAAAAGUGCAUAACAUUCAUUCCCUUUUAUUCUAUAGAAUCAUUGUACAUGUAGCUCCUUCCGUAAAGAAGGCUAAACUCAGUCAUUUCUUUUUUAAGGUAACGGCACAAAACUGGAGGAGAUAUUGGACACUCGUUUGGUCUGUGGAGAGAAAUUUCACGAGAAUAAACUUUUCACAUCUUUCUGUGAACAGUGCAAAGUGUGCAUUUGUCAAAAGUGUAAACGGACACGUCACAAUCAUCACCCCACUCUGGAUAUUCAACGAGCCGCAGAGCAACAUAAAGUCGAUAUCGAGGAGAUUGUGCAGGAAAUGAAAAGUAAAAUUGCUGACUACACGGAGCAUGUGAAAAGGACAAAGACAUCCUUGAAAAGAAGCCGAGAGAGGAUUGCUACAGCACGUAAUAAAGUUAUGACAUUUGUUGAU